GCUGUGUCCCGCCCCCUCUCGUGACGUCAUCAGCAGGCGGAGCUCGGCGUCCGGAUUUUCUCCUACCGCUUAGCCCAGACAUGGCAACGCCUGACCCUGUGACUCCGGAGGCACCCUUUGAACCGUCACAUCCUCCUGUCAUUGAGGGUUUUAGUCCCAGUGUCUACAGGAAUCCAGAAGGCUUCAAGGAAAAGUUCCUUCGCAAGACCCGUGAGAAUCCAUUGGUCCCCAUAGGCUGCCUGGGCACGGCGGCCGCCCUCACCUACGGCCUCUACUGCUUCCACCGGGGCCAGAGCCAUCGCUCGCAGCUUAUGAUGCGCACCAGGAUCGCCGCCCAGGGCUUCACGGUCGCAGCCAUCCUACUAGGUCUGGCUGCAUCCGCUCUGAAGUCUCGGUCUUGAGCCCGCGGCCCGGCCUGGGAAGCUCCGCGGAGAUCAUUCCACAGCUCAGAAGCCACCAUGAGCCCUACUGCCGGCCUUCCUCCCUCCUCUGCCCCGUCAGGCCCCAGUGUCCUUGCGGGAGGAUCCGGCCCAUUGUGAAACCGACAGCUGGAUUUCAGAAAUCCCAAUUUCGGCUCAGCUUGGCCGGUGCCUCCUAAUUGUGCCACAUCCUUUUACUCCCUAGUCAAUAAACUCUAAUCCACUUGUUUGGUGAA